AUGAGACGCCCUUCCGCCCGUAAAUGCUUCUUCGCAUUCACCAGCCUGGCGAUUGUCUACCUUCUACUCAGUCUGGUUGGCGUGCAGAUUGGCAAGAGUGAGAGUGAGAGCGAACUCACCAAUAAUCCCGAAUGGAUCGCCGAGUCGAAAUCAUGGGUGGAUCGGCAGGUUUGUCGCUGGCUGGGAUUGUGUGGAACGAUGCACAUGUUGUACUCCUCGAGGUGGACGUGGCCGCACGUGGAAAAGGAUGUCCCCCUCCCCACAUCCGACAGUAAUGAUUACUGGUAUUCCGACCAGGAAGAGCCGGCAUCAUGGAGUAAAGAGGAGAUUAAGCGGAGGAAGAUUCCGCAAUAUGUCCUGGAUCAUGCUCCCUAUGUUCACCUCUUCUCUGGAGAGCAGUUCUGGCCCUGCGAUAUCGCCGACCAUCUUCAACAUACCACCCCGUUCCUCAACUACACCAAGAUUGAGGACCUCACAACCGACAGCAACCUUACGAAUCUCAACGAAUUGAAUGAUUAUGAAAAGGGAGAACACAGUAGAUUCGUCUACCUGCAAUCUCUCGACAACGUGGAAGAACGACCGAAAUGGCUCGUCGGAUCCGACGGAAUCCCCCAACUGCCCGCCAAAAAUGAUGGAGAUCUCGAUCUCGACUACCCAUGGCCCGACACCAACGAAGACUUACGACACUUUGACCUCGAAGGCGCAAAACAAGCCGCGCUAGACGAAUACUUCCCCACGUCGGGGGAGAUCCCUGCAGAGAUCCUCCCCACAGACCGCACGGCCUCGCUGGAUGGACGUUGUGGGGGAAACUCGGCCCAGACCUGCAAGGGAAGUCGAUUCGGUCAGUGCUGUUCCAUCUACGGUUGGUGCGGUAGUGGCGACGAUUUCUGCGAUGAAGCUUGUGAUCCUCUCGCGGGAGAAUGCUACGACCCCUUCAACCCACCUCGAGGUCCCCAUCCAGACCUCCGAAAACGUGAAGACCUCCAAUCCAAACGACACCGACCUCAACCCGGAGGCAAAUCCUCCGCACCCGCCAUUCUCAUUGUGGUUCACAAACCGGGCGGCAUCACCGAUGCCUUUUGGUUCUUCUUCUACUCCUUCAACCUCGGCCAGACGGUCCUCAACAUCCGUUUUGGAAACCAUGUCGGGGAUUGGGAACAUACCGCCAUCAGAUUCCGCAACGGUCAGCCCACGCAGGUCUUCCUCUCCGAACACAAUUUCGGGAAUGCCUAUACCUGGAGCGCCGUGGAGAAGUACCUUCCGGCGGGAGAUGCUAGUGGAACCAUGAUUGGGAGUUGGUCCAAUUCCACCGCCGCCAAGGAGGCGAAGAGACCCGUCGUCUAUUCGGCAUUGGGAAGUCAUGCCAUGUAUGGCACUCCAGGAUUACAUCCCUACAUCCUCCCCGCAGGCCUCUUACACGAUGAAACCGACCGCGGCCCUCUGUGGGAUCCCCGUCAAAACUUCAAAGCCUUUACCUAUGACUCCGAAGCGAAAGUCGUUCGAGCCGCCACCACAAACCCGAGUGCUCCGACCGGUUGGUUUGAUUUCGCGGGGCAUUGGGGGGAUAAAUUCUACGGACUGGGAGAUCCGAGGCAAUAUCGCUUCGUCGGGCAGUAUCACUACGUCAAUGGCCCGUCGGGACCGCGGUUCAAGAAUCUGGGGAGGAAGGGAGUGUGUCAGGGGAGAGGCAAGGUUUGUAAAGUGCAUGACUGGCUGGGGGGUAGAACGAAGGGUGGGGAUACUUGGGAGGGGGAUGAAGGGGAUGAGGAGGGGGGUUUACCAGGGGGGAACAGCACGGAUGAGGUGUGGUGA